AUGGCUUCACCCAAAGUCGUUGCUGCUCUACAGCAAGUGGAAGCAGCCCCAGUCGCCGACAAGCCCGCCCAAUACAAUGCUCUCCUUCAACAAAUCACCACCAGCUCCACCAACAUUGCCGCCGACCUCAACGCCUAUGCACAAACUCUCCUAGAUGACUCGUUGGGAAUAGUCGUCUUGCGUCCCCUUCUUGCUUCGUUCGUCGACGCCUUCCGAACGGUUCAAGAUGUAGAUGCAAAGAUUGAGGUUGGGGAGAAAGUCAUUACCCUACUGCAGUCCAAGGGCGCAGGACAGUACGAAGAGCAGGAUACACAGAUCAAACAUGUGCUGGCAGAUGCUUUCGAGCAAAACGAAGACUAUAGGCGGUCGGCGCAAACACUCGCCACCAUCAACCUCGAAUCAACACAAAAGUCCGUCUCGGCAGAUGAAAAGGCAAAAGUCUGGAUCCGGAUCGUGAGGUGCUACCUGGAAGAGGAUGAUCCCACGAGCGCCUUCACACACCUCAACAAGAUCAAGAACAUUCUCUUCAGCGUCCAAGAUGACGAAACCAAGCUCAUGUUCCAGCUCAGUCAAGCUCGCAUCUACGACUCACAACGCGCCUUUCUCGAUGCUGCCCAAUCAUACUAUGCCACAAGCAACGUUAGCAUUGUCGACGAAGACGAACGCAUGAGGAUCUUUGGCAGGGCAAUAGUGUGCACAGUGCUAGCUCCCGCUGGCCCGCAACGAGGCAAGAUGCUGGCGAAGCUAUACAAGGACGACCGGGCCAGCCAAGCAGAAGAUUUUCCCAUAUUAGAGAAGAUCUUCUUCAAUCGCCUCCUGUCGCCUGCAGAGAUCAAAGCAUUCGCUGCCAAGCUCGAACCUCACCAUCUUGCAAAGACCUCCGACGGCUCAACCGUACUCGACAAAGCCAUUCUCGAACACAACCUCCUGGGUGCGUCAAAACUGUACAACAACAUUGGAUUUGAUCAGCUUGGUGAGCUACUGGGUAUCGACGCGGAAAAAGCAGAGGACUAUGCAGCCAAGAUGUUGGAACAGGGUCGUCUUGCCGGAUAUAUUGAUCAAAUCGAUCGUCUGAUUUUCUUCGAGGGCGAGGCAAGUGGAGAGCGCAAGACUGGCCAUGCAGAGCGUGUGGUUGGCAAGGAGCUGAGGAAGUGGGACGCCAAUGUGACGAGUCUGGCAGAAGAGGUGGAGAAGGUGACUUCGAUGAUUCAAAACCAGUACCCUGACUUCUAUGCCUCGCAAGUAGUGCACUGA